GAGUGUGCAACACGGAUGAGUUCACAUGYCGCAAGGCUAAAGGUGAGUGCAUCCCGCUGACAUGGAUGUGUGAUGGCAAUCCCGACUGUACAGACGGCUCUGACGAGAAAGAGUGCAAUGAAACAUGUAGAGAUGAUGAGUUUACGUGUGGCAACGGAAAGUGCAUUCAAAAGAUUUGGGUGUGUGACAGAGACGACGACUGUCAAGAUAACACGGAUGAACUCAACUGUCCCAACAUCACAUGUUCCGAGUCCGAAUUCGCGUGCGUCAAAGACAAUACUUGCAUAACGUUAAACUGGCGUUGCGACGGUGACUUCGACUGCUCCGACCAAACUGACGAAAUCGGUUGUGCUGAAUCUACCAGAUCGUCACAAUGUCGUUCUUCCGAGUUUGAAUGCGACGACCACAGCCACUGCGUCAUUCAGUCGUGGGUAUGCGACGGCAGCGUGGACUGUGCCGAUGGAUCCGACGAAGCGCCGCACCGGUGCCACAACACCACGUGUCGGUCCGACCAAUUCCGUUGUCGGGACAACACUUGCAUUCCUGGAUUCCUCCAUUGUUCCGGUACACCCGACUGCGCCGACGGUAGUGACGAAGAAAACUGCAAAGAACCAGUGCACAAGUGCGAUCCUUACACAGAGUUUGACUGCGGCAACGACGAGACGGGUAGCGUAUGCAUACCCAUGGAGAAGGUGUGUGACAAGAACAUGGACUGUCCCGGAUUCGAAGACGAGAAACAGGAAUCGUGCAACGUGAACGAGUGUCUGAUCAACAACGGAGGCUGCACGCAGAUCUGCAUCGAUUUGCCCCACACGUUCCGCUGCGCCUGCAAGCCCGGCUACAAGCUCAUCAACAACAACACGUGUGACGACGUAAACGAAUGCGAGAUCGAAGGCAGCUGUUCACAGAUAUGUAUCAACGAAAAAGGCACGUACAAGUGUGAAUGCGAACCGGGAUACCUACGAGACCCCCAAGAUCACACCAGAUGCAAGGCGAUGGAAGGACAUGCGUCCCUCUUGUUCUCAAUGCAACACAACAUACGGAAGAUAUCGUUGGAUCAUCACGAGAUGUCCGCUAUUAUCAACAGCACGAAAUCGGCCACGGCCAUCGAUUUCGUAUUCCGCACCGGAAUGAUAUACUGGGGAGACGUAUCCGAAAAGAAAAUUUACAAAGCGCCGAUUGAUGAAGGCCGACAGCGGACAAUCGUAGUGGAAAGCGGCUUGUCGUCGGCCGACGGUUUGGCUGUGGACUGGAUUUAUGGACACAUUUACUGGACGAACGCGGACAAGGACUCUAUCGAAUUAGCCAACUUCGAAGGUAACAUGCAGAAGACGCUUUUCAAGUCGGAACUGAAGGAACCCAGGUCGAUAGCCGUGGACCCGCUCAACGGGUGGCUGUAUUGGAGUGACUGGGGCAGCAACGCGAAGAUCGAACGGGCCGGCAUGGACGGCACGCACCGGGAAGUGAUCGCCUCGUUCGACGUGAAAUGGCCGAAUGGCAUCACCCUGGACUUGGUGUCCAAGCGGCUAUACUGGGUGGACGCCAAGCUCCACACAAUAUCGUCGUGCAACUUCGACGGAAGCCAACGGCGCCUGGUCCUGUUCAGYCCCAUCUGGCUACCGCACCCGUUCAGCAUAUCCACAUUUGAGGAUUCGCUAUACUGGUCCGAUUGGAACCAGAAGGCGAUUAUCAAGGCCAACAAGUUUAACGGUUCAAACAUCACCACGGUCACCGCCCUGCACAUGACUCAAAACCCAAUGGUGGUGCACGUUUACCACCCGUACAGGCAACCCGACGGCGUGAACUACUGCGCUGCCGUCAAUGGCCACUGUUCUCAUCUGUGCCUGCCGGCACCGCAAAUCAACAGCAAAUCACCGAAAAUCUCGUGCGCUUGUCCCAAUGGUCUGAUGCUCAUGUCUGACGGUCUGAUGUGCGCUGAAGAAGCAGCUAAGAACUCAACGGUUUUACCGAAACAUCACAAACCGAGACUUUAUAAAAAAUUCAAUAUUACGCUGUUAAAUACGAACAGAACGAUGACGGAAAUUAAUGUCAAAGACCACAACGAACCCGAAGACAGCGGACUCAUAGCUGCCAUAAUAAUAUUCUCCGGUUCGCUAUUGAUCACUCUCGCAGCCUUGGGCGCUUUCCUGUUGUACCGACACUACUUGCACCGCAACGUGACCAGCAUGAAUUUCGACAACCCGAUUUACAGGAAAACUACCGAAGACCAGUUCACGCUGGAGAAGAGUCAGUACCAGCCAGCGAGGGUAUAUCCCACGUCCGUCGGCGAAGAGUUCUUUAACGACAACUCGGCUGAAGAGCCGUUGACUCGUCCUGGCACCAACGAGUACGUCUAAAGUAUAGACCGUUUAUAGUUUCUCUGCACACAACACUAGUCAAUGAAAAAAUAAAAAUAAACAAAUCGCAAAUCGCGUUGUUCAUGACGACGGAGCGCAAUAUUUGUGCGCAGCCCGCGACGAAAUGUCUGGCGAGUUACCAAUUUCAUGUGCAAAUGCGCUCAAAUAGUGUUCAACUUACCGAACAACUUAUAAUAUCUUCUCCGUGUUUUUUCUUUCUUUUUCUUUUCUUUUAUUAUUAUUAAUUUUAUGAUGUAUAACUUAGUUCAGAGUCUUCCCAGCGUUUUUCGUAUACAUGUAAUAAUAAUUAAUAUAAUUAUUACUCGCGCCAAUAUUUAAACGAAACAGUUCCUAUUGUAUAUUUUUAUUUUUUUUAAGUUAUAUUAUUAAUGUUUGUGUAAAAAAGAAAAUAAUAAUGUUUUAUUCAAGCUAUGCGGUUUGCCUUUAACGACUGAGGUGUUCGUGCCAAAAAUUAUGAAUUGAGUUGUUUUAAAUUUAUUAUUGUUUGUUGCUCAAAAGUAGGAAUCCUUUGAUCUGCAUCAGUUCGCUCGUUGUUCAAUUAUUUUAAUCGAUAAAUUAUUAUUGUCCCUUCUGGUUUGUUCGGAAAAGUAAUAAAAUAUAAUUAUUGUAAUUAUAAGAAAUUUACAAUAUAUGUAAAUAUAUAUAUUUAUUUUAGAUGAUCCAUUACUGUUGAGUAGUCAAUUUAGCGGCUAAUUAUAUUUAAUUAUGUAUACUAUAAUAGUUCCGUUAUAUAUUACAUUGAAGAUAUUUUGUAAGCUUAACGUCUUAUUAUAUAUCUAACAAAWCCUGUUUUUAAUUGGAUAUUAUAUAAAAAAAUAAUUUAUUAUAAUAUGUACAUAUAAAGGAACCAGUUAUAAGCUUAGCAGAUAGUGAUAAGCGUAUUGGAUUUGUUUUAUUUGAAAAUUGUACAUUGUUUUUCGCUAAAAUAAAAACGCACAUUCUUCUAACGGAUGUGUAGACAAACACAUAUUACUCGCGUCUCGGUUUACAAAUCAAUGUUGUGAAAACCAAUUUACCAUUUAUUCGUCAUCGAGUUUGUAAAAAAAUAUGAUAAACAUAUAAAUUAUGUAUGUGUAACAUUUCGUUAGAUAAAUAUAGUUUUUAUUA